AUGGCUUUGGCGUCUCAGGCCGCCUUAUUAGAUGAGUUACUGGGGAAGAAUCGGGAUGCCAUAGAUAGCGAUGCAAUGAAAGGUCCGCAUUGGUCAGAUGAGGAUAUGUGUAGAUAUUUUCUCUGUGGGUUUUGCCCCCAUGAUCUCUUUGUAAACACAAAAACGGAUCUGGGUCCAUGCGAUAAGAUGCACGAUGAGCGGCUUCGUGAGAACUACAGAAAGAGUAAUCGAUUCGAAAAAAUGGGCUAUGAGGAGGAGUUCUAUCGUUACCUGUGCUAUCUCCUCGAGGAUGUUGAUAAACGUAUUCGACGUGGCCAUGAGCGCCUUUCAGUGAACAAGGGUGCUGCCCCGGCUGAUCCUGAGGCAGCAGCUGAGAAGGCUGAUAAGAUAGCUUCAUUGACUAGGAGGAUCAAUGAUCUUGUUGAGCAGGCUGAACAACUGGGCACGGAAGGCAAUGUUGAUCAGGCUCAGGGUGUGCUCAAGCUCUGUGAGCAAUUGAAAUUCGAAAGGUCUCAACUCGAGGGCGAUACGCGGCCGGGGGCCGGCCAGUCUAAGGAGUUGGAGGUUUGUGAGAUUUGUGGAGCCUUUCGAAUAAAAGACGAUGCGCCUCAGCGAGUGGAAGAACAUCUUGCCGGGAAAAUGCAUCUUGGUUAUGCGAAAAUUCGUGAUUACGUAAGGGAGUACGGAGAAAAGCGUCUGAGAGAAAGAGAGAGGGAGCGUGAGGCGAGGGCCUCUCGCCAACGUGAGCGCCGUCGUAGCCGUGACAGGAGCAAGGAGCGUCGAUCCUCCAAGCAUAGGGACCGGCACCACCAUAGUGGGAGUCAUCAUCGCUCAAGCCACGGCGACAAGCGACGUCGCGAUCGUUCAAGAUCUCGCUCUCAUUCUAGGAAGCAUCAUGAUCGACAUCAGCGCCGCCAUAGCGAACGUGCCUCGCACAAACCACCAAAGAGGACCGUAUCUCCUUUCAGUGCUGCCCGUAGGCCCCCAGAGGGCGCCGAAGAUGACUAG